AGGAGGCGUGGGCAUGGAGGCGACUGGGGACGCCGAGCCCCGGGCUGGCGCCGCUGCCUAGGGCGCCCUGUGGGUUCCGUGGGGGGCACGGCCCGGUGCUGCGCGGAUGGCCCUGCUCCCGCGGCACGCGCUCGCCUUCGUCCUCCUCCUCUUCGUGCCUGCCGCUCUCAGGUGCCAGGAGCAGGCCCAGACUACCGACUGGCGGGCCACGCUGAAGACCAUCCGGAACGGCGUUCACAAGAUAGACACGUACCUGAACGCCGCCUUGGACCUCCUCGGAGGCGAGGAUGGGCUCUGCCAGUACAAGUGCAAUGACGGAUCUAAGCCUUUCCCACGUUACGGUUAUAAACCCUCCCCGCCGAAUGGAUGUGGCUCUCCACUGUUUGGUGUUCACCUUAAUAUUGGCAUCCCUUCCCUGACAAAGUGCUGUAACCAACACGACAGGUGCUAUGAGACCUGCGGCAAGAGCAAGAACGACUGCGAUGAGGAAUUCCAGUAUUGCCUCUCGAAGAUCUGCCGGGAUGUGCAGAAGACACUAGGACUGGCUCAGCACGUUCAGGCAGGGUCCCCAAAACCACCUCCAGAUUUGCUAGGAGGACUCACAGGAUUCAGCAAAUACUCCUACUCAGAGCGACGGGAUACGAAGCAGAGUCACAAAGGGAAAAGGUGUAUCAGUGUGCCCAUUUAUAAAAUAAUACCCAUGUCAUAAAAUUGGCAUAAAGAUAGAAAAUUUCCACAAAAAUUUGUGGAAAUACAAAUCACUGUACAAAUACUAGAAGUUAUAAAAUCUUUUCAAUGUCAAGCCGAAGUAUUUAUCAUACAUCGAAAUUGGAAGAGAAGGUACAAGAAAGGAAACUAUGCAUUUUAAAGCAUUUUUCAUAAGAUACCAUGCUAGAUAUUUUAGAUCUGUUUUCCUCAGUGUUCACAAAAACCCAAAGAAGUAGGUAGUGGUGUAUACUCAUUUUCCAAGGAAGGAAAUGGAAGUUCCAGGAAGUAACUUGUCCUAAGUUGCGUACUUCCAAUUUUAAAACUCGUGCUCUGUCUACUGCAGUGUUCCCUGAACAAUGUCAUGGGUCUGAUUCUGAAUUCCUAGUAGUAACUGUCAAGGAAGAAGUCUCUGCAGCUUGAAUUCCCAGCCUCUGAAUGCUUUGCACGCUCUUGGCUGAGCAAGCUAGUUGCACAGUGGACGCAUACAUGGAUGUAUCUCCUGUCUUCUGAUCUAAGGACGUACUCAUUUGGCUAAAUGAUGAAGCCAGUUUCCUUCCAAUGCCCUAUUGAAUAAGUAUAGUCUUUACAGUUCUGUGGUGGUUGUGUUCUUUAACAGCACAGCCUUCUGGAGAAGUUUGAAAAGGUCAGGAUUUUGCAAUGAAUAGUUUCUUCCUUAAUGUAUUUGGAUGACUAAAAGCUAUUCUGUGCUGUGCUGUGUAUGAAGAUUCUCUCAGCUGGCUGUUCCAGGCUUCUUAGAAUAAGAAAAGUAAAUCCAUUAUCUUUUUAUAGUCCUAAAAAAAAUUUUAAACCCUGCCAGAGGAAAAACACUUUUGAUUCCUACAUCUCCCUUCCCAGGCCAAAUUGGGAUACUGAGAAAGAGCGAGAGACUGGGGUCCAUUUACCUUAAGCCUCUUAGAUGGUGUGUGAUUAGUUCAUAGAAGUCAUUGGCCAUAAUUAAAUGUUUUGAUGUUUCUCUGUUUUGUUUUUUUUUAAAGAUUUUAUUUAUUUGACAGACAGAGAUCACAAG